AAUUCAUUAUUUUCAAUUUCGAGCAUUCUUUCGCAAUUUAACUAUUUGAAAAAAAAAAGAGAAAGAGGAAUAAUGUUAUAUCCUAUGAGUGUCCUUUUCUAUUUCUCAGCAUAUUUUAUGCUUUACAGAGCAUUGAAGGAUUUAUUGGAUUAUCGAUUCAGCCUUGUAGCUGCUUAUAUCCGGAAUCUUGUAAAAAAUAACAAUUCAUCAAAGAAGAAUUUAGUAUAUUUUGCAAUAUCAAAGGCAUAUUUGAGGAAUUUAAAAAAUAGAAUUUUAAUAAUAUAUAAAUGGCUUUCAUCAUUUGAGAUUUUGAAUUUUCGUAAGGAUAUGGUAAUUUUUUAAAUUGAAAAUAAUAAUAAUUGAUUAAAAUUAUUGAUUAAGAAGAUAAAAAAAAAUUCUAUUUUUAUGAUUCUAUUCUUUUAUGAUUAAAGAAGAAAUUUCUCUUGAAAAUUAGAGAAGAAAAUUCAUUUCAGAAGAAAAAUAUUAUAGAUCUAAUUAUCUUCUUAAAGAGAAGGUUUUAAUGCGACGUUUCUUUACGGUUUAUGUCCUUGUAAUUAUAACUAUAUCGUUGACGUCGUUCGGAUAUUUAAACGAUGAUUUCAUCAAUGGAAAUUAGCAAUUAACCAAUAUGCGCAUUGCUUUUUAUAUUGAAAAAAUUCCUCCAUGUAUUUUUUUUUGCGAGCAUAAGAAAUCGAAGAGGACACUCGCUCGUUGAAAUAUAAUAUAGGAAAUUCAACAUUAACACCGCCGAAUAAAACUAACAACAGAAAUACGAAUCUCACCUAUGGCAUUGAUGAUGUCCCACCCUGGUAUCUUUGCUUAUUUAUGGCUUUACAGCAUUAUUUAACUAUGAUAGGUGCAAUAGUCUCGAUUCCUUUCAUUUUAACACCAGCUCUAUGUAUGGCAGAGGAUGAUCCAGCGAGAAGUUACAUCAUCUCCACUAUGAUCUUCGUUACAGGACUUGUCACUUUUUUUCAAACUACCAUAGGAUGCAGAUUACCUCUUGUUCAAGGAGGAACCAUUUCUUUUUUAGUCCCAACUCUUGCAAUCUUAAGUUUACCACAAUGGAAGUGUCCGCCACCAGAGAUUUUAAAUGAAUUAUCCUCUGCUAAUCGUACAGAAAUAUGGCAAAUCAGAAUGAGAGAACUUUCAGGAGCAAUUGCUGUAUCCUCUUUGUUUCAAGUAAUAGUUGGAUUUGGAGGUAUUAUUGGAUAUUUAUUGAAAUUUAUUACACCAUUGACUAUUGUGCCAACUGUCUCCCUGGUUGGAAUAUCCCUUUUUGAGAAUGCAGCUGAUGCUGCAUCUAAACAUUGGGGUAUCGCAGCUGGAACAAUACUGAUGUUAACAUUGUAUUCUCAAAUACUUGUUAAUGUGCCAUUCCCGGUAUUAAUGUACCGUAAGGGUCAAGGAAUUAGAGUCGUGUGGUUUGAAUUAUUUAAACUAUUCCCGGUACUGUUAACUAUAAUAGUCAUGUGGAUAAUUUGCACGAUUUUAACCGUAACGGAUAUUUUACCAGUUGGUCAUCCAGCCAGAGCAGAUAGUAAAUUAAAGAUUAUCAAUGAUUCUCCAUGGUUCCGAUUUCCUUAUCCUGGUCAAUGGGGUACACCCACUGUAUCUUUAUCUGGUGUACUUGGCAUGUUAGCUGGUGUAUUGGCAUGUACAGUGGAAUCUAUCAGUUACUAUCCAACAACAUCUAGAAUGUGUGGAGCUCCUCCUCCUCCAAUUCACGCUAUUAAUCGAGGUAUUGGUAUGGAAGGCCUUGGAACAAUGUUAGCUGGUCUUUGGGGAAGUGGAAAUGGUACAAACACGUUUGGAGAAAAUGUAGGAACUAUUGGCGUUACGAAAGUUGGCAGUCGCAGAGUUAUUCAAUGGGCGUGUGGAUUAAUGAUCCUUCAAGGAUUGAUUAGUAAAUUUGGCGCUGUUUUUAUCAUCAUUCCUGAGCCCAUAGUCGGCGGAAUAUUUUGUAUAAUGUUUGGGAUGAUCUGCGCCUUCGGUCUUUCUGCAUUACAAUAUGUAAAUUUAAAUUCUGCAAGGAAUUUAUAUAUUCUUGGAUUUUCCAUUUUUUUCCCACUGGUUUUAUCAAAAUGGAUGAUCAAUCAUCCAGGAGUAAUACAAACUGGGAACGAAAUAUUCGAUAGUGUAGUUACAGUAUUAUUUAGCACAACUAUCUUAGUUGGAGGUGUUGUGGGAUGUUUAUUAGAUAAUAUUAUACCAGGUACACCUGAGGAACGUGGACUCAUUGCUUGGUCAAAUGAAAUGGAAUUAAAUACUGCAAAAGACGAAAAAGGGGAUCAAGAGCAUAUAUCCAAUACGUUUGAUUUUCCAUUUGGAAUGGAUAUUUUACGAAGAUGGAAAUGGACACAUUACAUGCCAUUUUUACCGACUUACAAACCUGGAAUUUAUUCAUGUGGUCAAAGAAAACAAUAAAUAAUUUAAUUUUAUUUGAUAAUGAAUUGCUAAUUAUCGUAUGAAUUUUACAAAGCAAUAACGCGAAUAUUGAAUGAAUCACUUUACAAAUGAUUGAAUAGAAUGUAAAAGAAAAUGAUAUUGAAAUGAUACAAAUUAAAGAAUUUUUAUAUAAAAAAAAA